ACAAAAACCUCUCUCUUCAGAAACUAUCCUGUUCUAAUUAAGUUUAAAGAAAGAAACUUACCCAAUGGAAACACACAACGUAGAGACAUUGACAAACAAGGGAACCGUAGAGUUACUCUACAGGGCGUUGCAACAAGGCGAGGCCUCAAAAGUAGCCAAAGUGGUGGCCAGUGACGUGGAAUGGUGGUUCCAUGGACCGCACCAUUGUCAACACAUGAUGAGGCUACUCACAGGGGAACCACCGAGCCAGGUUCCAUUCAGGUUUAAGCCAAGCAGUGUACAAGUAGUAGUGCCUGGUCAUGACUGCGUGAUUGCAGAAGGGUGGGAGGGCUCACACGUGUACUGGGUUCACGUGUGGAAGUUGAAAGACGGAGUGGUCACUGAGCUAAGAGAGUAUUUCAACACAUGGCUCACUGUUACAGACUAUAGUCUUGGAGCAAUAGGAUGGGACAUGGGGCGCUGUACGGUUUGGGAGAGCGUACCGAAGGACCUGGGUCGUGGUUCGUUGCCUAACUUGCUGUUAGCUAUUUAACCAUAUAUAUAUAUAUAGACGUAGACAGUGUGUUGUGGAACGCAUGUUGUAUAUUGUUGGUUCCAAAAAUUGGUCUACUCAUUAUCAGGUUCAUCACUUAUCAUGCUUCAGCAAGUGUAAUUGAAUUCAGAAUAAAAUGACUUGAGUUGCCUUGAUCCUA